ACACACACACACAGACGGAGCUGGUUCAGUUUUUGAAGCCGUGGCAUGAAUGAUCUCAUCUGAGGCUGAUCUCCGCUCCUCCUGCCGUCGAUCCUAUGACCGAAACAGGAGUAAAAUAACACGGACACGAGAGACACAACAUGUUCCCGAAGGGCACCAAGCGCAAGUUCUCCGACUCCGGGGAGGAGCCAGUCUCCAGUGGCGACCAGAUCCCGGCGGCUUCAGCUGCGGUGACUGUGGCGGCUCGGACGCUGACGUCCUCUUACAGCCUUCAGCGGCAGUCGCUGCUUGACAUGUCGCUCAUCAAGCUGCAGCUGUGCCACAUGCUGGUGGAGCCCAACCUGUGCCGCUCGGUGCUCAUCGCCAACACGGUGCGGCAGAUCCAGGAGGAGAUGACCCAGGACGGCACCUGGCAGAUCAUGACCCAGGCUCUGGCGGCCGCCCAGUGUCCUGCAGACCGCCUGGUGGCCACAGAGGUGCUGUGUCGGCAGACAGAUGCGGCGGCGCAGGCCGGGCAGAGCCCAAAGCCUUUCUCGGUGGUUGGCCUGGAGGAAGGCUACCACGCUGAGGAGGUGGUGAUGGAGGGAGAUGUGGAGACGGAGGUCACCAUGUCCACUCUGUCGCCCGUCUCCCCCCAGCUGUCCUCAUCCUCUUACCUGGCAGGACCAUUUGGCAUGGGGCCCUGCUGGGAGGAGGAAGAGGAGGACGGUGAGUGCGAGGAGGACGAGGAGGAGGACAGUGAGGAGUGUGUGUCCGAGGGAGAGGACGGAGAGCAGGACCACCUGAGUGCAGACUCCAGGACAGGGGAGCAGGUUUUUGGGACCUUUGAGAUCAAGCACCCAGCUCCGCCCCCUGACCCAGCGCUGGACGAACUGUUUUCAGACGUGGACCCGUCCUACUAUGACCUGGAUACGGUGCUGACAGGUAUGCAGAGUGCCCCCAAGAUGGGGCCAUAUGACCUGCUGGAGAGCCUUUCGUCUCACGGGCCCACGGCGCUCAGCUCCAGCUCCAGCUGCAGGUCGGACCUGAAUGAACUGGACCACAUCAUGGAGAUCAUAGUUGGCUCCUGAGAGCUGGGACGGUCCUGCGGCCCGCGCUGAUCCCUCAGACUCUUCAGACUAUGCACAGUACACGUGUGCAUGUUCUGUAUGUGCUGUUGUUACACGCUGAGACGGGUGGAGGUUUGACACAGGGUGGGAAACUGACGGCGAGACACGUUUUAGGACCGGCUGUUAGAGGCGGAGUUAACCUGCUCCAACUGUAACCCCUUUUCCACUGCACAGAGAGCACACCAACACCUGACCAACACCUGAAACAACACCUGACCAACACCUGCUAACAUCUGCUAACACCUGACCAACACCUGAAACAACACCUGCUAACACCUGACCAACACCUGACCAACACCUGCUAACAUCUGCUAACACCUGACCAACACCUGAAACAACACUUGCUAACACCUGACCAACACCUGCUAACACCUGAAACAACACCUGCUGACACCUGAAACAACACCUGCUAACACCUGCUAACACCUAACCAACACCUGCUAACAUCUGGCCUUUUAAUGUAACGAGAAAGGUUACAAUCAGUGUUCACUCCUGGGUCACAUGACUCUGCAGUGGUCAUCAGUAUUUAUUAGCUCCAGUCAUUAAUGUAAAACACAACGUCUGGGUGAACGCGCUAAUUUUAGCCCCUUAACCGGCGAGAUGCAACGACACGCCACCACAAAAUAUGGUCUGUCUCCGCCCAGCAGUGCUCAGACAUCGGUGCGUAUGAGUCUUCACUGAGUGUGAGAGACAGACUGAAUCCACAGUAAAAUUUGUUUUCCUGUAGUCUCAGCGUGUUUACUGUUUACCUGUUCUUUGACCUGUCUAUGACGUUGACAUGACACACCAAAAAAAGGCGCACUGAUCUGCUGCAGAGUCGACAGUGGGACACAAGUCUAUCUCCUGUUUUAAAGAGGACUUUCUGUGUUUAAAAAACGGAUGUAGACACAGUAAUCCAGGUGUAACAGGUGUGUCAGCAGGUGUUGGACCUCCAUCUUUGACUUUCUAACAGUCUCAGUGUCAACGGUGAUGUGAACGAGUCCGUUAGUUUCCCACCCUGUUGUUUGAACCCAAACUCUGUCGCUGUGUGAGAGGGCGGAGAUAAUUAGUAUCCCAUGAUGCAUUCUUCUUUACGUUGUCUCCAUGUUUACGUCUGUCCAUCUCUAUUUAUUGUCACAUGGACUGAGGAACACCUGGUCAUGGUCACACUACAUCACACGCAGAACAAAGUGUAAAUGAAAUCUAUGAGUGAAGAUAUUUUCCUACAGAUGUGAGCAGUUAUGAUGGAGUCUAUGGAAAUGUACCUACCUGUAAAUACAAAUAUAUUUUUUGCAUUAUACAGCAGCGGGGGGAUUUUUGCAAGUAUCAUUUGAUAUUCUUCUUGUUUUUAUGUUUCCUCCCUGCUCAGCGGUUUUUAAGAUUUUAAUGUAGCCAGACAGGAGCGAGACGGCGUCUUCCUGUGGUUUGGUAUCUGACGGGUGCGGCGACAUCGUCACACGUUCACAUUCUCUAAAGCUUUACACGCAGGAUGGACACCUGUGAGGACGUGUCCUCUGUCCUCUGUCCUCUGUCCUGCUUUACAUUCACACCUGAUGACCUGAAGCAUUUGGAGAAACCCCGGGGUGAUAAUAUUAAUAUUAAUAAUAAUAAUUACUGCAUCAACAAGCCAUAUUUCUUUCUGUGCAGAUGAAGACUUCUGUCCUAAUUUAUUGUUUUUAUUUAUUGUAUUUAUUCUCUCCAGGUACAGACCAUGCCAUAGUAUUGAUUAUUGAUCAGCAGGCCCCAUCAAAUUGUCCAAAUGAAUCUGCAGUGUUUCCUCCUCAGCUCUUUAUUAUUAGUAAUAAUUAAUAACCGGGUUGUUCCAGUCUCUAUGCAGCUCUGUCAGACGUGUUUGAUUGAUUGUAGACGACUCUAAUGUCCUUUAAGUCCUUUUAUGCAAACAGUUGCCUUUCUCCUGAAGAUGUGGAAGAUGAGACCUGGUUGGUUACCAUGGUGAUGAAGAGAUGAAACUCAGGCUAACACACACACACACACACACACACACACACACACACAGUAUUACCACACGCUGAAUCCUGUAACACCACAACAACACUCCUGAAGGAUGUCACUCUGGUCUGAAUGGGAGCUAGAACUUCAAAGACUAAUUACCUUGUAAAAUGUAUGCAUUUUUUAUAUCCAGGAAAAAUUACAAAACCAUUGUAGCAUCUUUGUAAAUAUUUUUUAUAAUAAAAGGUGCAACUAUC